AUUUACUUAGCUUUCUGCUACAUCACGCUCAUCACCCUCUUCUCAAAAACCUCAACAGCAAAUCGUUUGAAACUGUUUAGACGGGGCGAGAGAUGUCUGAUCACGAAGAGAACGGCGUCACCGGUGAUGGAUUUCACUCCGAAGAUGGAGGUGGACGCGGCGGCGAGAUCGACGACCACCGAGACUCAAAAUCCGAGAAGGAAAUGGUUGACAAUGAGAAGGAUCCUAGAAGUAAAGAAGAAGAUACAGUGAAGAGGCGAGAUAAGGAGAGAGAUGGGGACCGUGAACGGAGGAGGGACAGAGAGGGAGAUAGAAUCAAGCGACAUGAUGACAGGGAGGAGGAUAGAAGCAGGGAUCGAGAGCGACAUCACAGAAGUCGUCACAGGGAUCGUAGUGUGGAACGAGGCGACAGAAGAGAACGCGUUAGGGGUGGUGAUGAUGAUGACUACCGUCGAAGCCGUGACCGUGACUCUGAAAGGCGUAGAGAUUAUGACAGAGAUAGAGGAGAUAGACGCCGUCGCCGGUCUCGUUCAAGGGGUAGAUCUGAGCGUAGAUCACGAUCUCCAUCAAAGAGUAAGCGGGUCAGUGGAUUCGACAUGGCUCCUCCAGCUGCUGGGAUGUUAGAUGCUGGUGCUGCUUUAACAGGCCAAGUUCCUGCUCCAACCCCAAAUCUUCUUCCUGGGAAUGGAAUGUUUCCUUUACAACCUGGACAGCCAUUCGGGGGAGUCCCUAUGAUGCCUAUUCAGGCAAUGACACAACAGGCUACUAGACAUGCUCGCAGGGUCUAUGUUGGUGGCCUUUCUCCCUCAGCAAACGAACAGUCCGUUGCGACAUUUUUUAGUCAGGCUAUGGCUGCUAUUGGCGGAAACAGUGCUGGUCCAGGUGAUGCUGUUGUUAAUGUGUACAUAAACUACGAGAAGAAAUUUGCAUUUGUGGAGAUGCGAUCCGUUCAAGAGGCCAGUAAUGCAAUGACUUUAGAUGGAAUUAUAUUUGAGGGAGCUCCAGUGAAGGUGAGGAGACCGAGUGACUAUAACCCAGCGCUAGCUGCAACCCUUGGUCCAAGCCAGCCCAUUCCCAAUUUAAACUUGGCUGCUGUAGGUCUUACUCCAGGGGGUGCUGGUGCGCUUGAAGGCCCAGACCGUCUUUUUGUUGGUGGACUUCCUUAUUAUAUCCCUGAGUCACAAAUCAGGGAGUUGUUAGAGUCUUUAGGAGCCCUGAAAGGUUUUGAUCUUGUAAGAGACAGAGAAACUGGAAACUCAAAAGGAUAUGCAUUCUGCGCGUAUCAAGAUCCCGCAGUUACAGACAUUGCAUGCCUUGCCCUCAAUGGAAUUACCAUGGGAGAUAAAACUUUAUGUGUAAGGCGAGCUAACCAAGGAGCAACUCAAACGAAACCUGAACAGGAGAGUGUAUUGUUGCACGCACAACAGCAAGUUGCUUUCCAGAGGAUUAUGCUGCAACAGGGAGCAGCAGCAACCAAAGUCGUGUGCCUGACUCAAGUAGUUACGGAGGACGAGCUUAGAAAUGAUGAGGAGUACGAAGACAUUGUUGUAGACAUGAGGGAUGAAGGCGGAAAGUUUGGUGCUUUAACUAAAGUCGUGAUCCCUCGCCCCAGCACCAACGGUGAGCCCGUUCAGGGCGUUGGCAAGGUGUUUCUUGAGUAUGCUGAAACAGAGAGCUCGAGCAGGGCAAGAAACGGGAUGAACGGUAGGAAGUUUGGAGGGAACGAGGUGGUGGCUGUGUUUUACCCUGAAGAUAAGUUUGAACAAGCCGAUUAUUCUCUCUAAGAUAGUUUUUUUUUGGUCAUCAGAUAAAUUUUUAUAAACUAUCUACUACUUGUUUAUGUUGUAAUCAAGACAAUGAUGGAUCCAUAUUACAAUGCUUGUUACCUUUUACUUAUCAAAC